UAUGUAUUGUUCCAACGCAAGUUGUGCAUUAUUUGCCGGCCUAUAAUACGCUUUUAUCAGUUCGCACUGAUGAUUCGUUUCUCGAAAGUUUGCGCAUUUCGGUCGCGUACGGUACAAGUGCUUCCUUAUCAAUUUGCUGUUUGAAAACGCACGUGCACAUGCAACAGGUACCACGUGUAUAAACAAUUCCACGUGCUUUUGGGCUCUCUGUUGUGUAAACAAUCGCAUGCGCACUUUUGCUUCAUGGGAGCGAAAAAUCUUCGUUUCUCGGCGGUAUCGAUUUUUCAAGUUGCUCAAAUUCAUCAGCAUCUUGCAAGAUUUUUCCCAUUGCAGCUUCACUGUUUUUUGGGAGUGGAGCUCUGCUUCUGAAAUAUAAGUUUAAACUGUGAAAAGUUAAUAAUUUUCUACGAGAACGCAGUCAAUGGUCCGUAAAAAUGGGAAGUUUUAUCAAGUUUGUUAGUUUUGAGCUUUGUCUGCUGAGUUUGAUCGCGUUGAGUUACGCCCAAGCAUCCAUUGUUCAUAUCGAGGCCAAUCCUGAUGCAAAACGACUGUACGAUGAUCUGUUGAGUAACUAUAAUCGUCUUAUACGGCCUGUUGUGAACAACACCGAAACCUUGACAGUUUGGCUAGGGCUCAAGUUGUCCCAACUGAUAGAGGUUAGCCUUCGUAACCAAGUGAUGACGACUAAUCUGUGGGUGAAGCAAAAGUGGUUCGAUUAUAAACUCAAGUGGGAUCCUGAGGAAUACGGAGGAGUUGAAAUGCUUUACGUUCCAUCCGAACAAAUUUGGUUGCCUGAUAUAGUUCUUUAUAACAACUGGGAUGGAAACUAUGAGGUAACGUUAAUGACCAAGGCAACCCUGAAGUAUACUGGAGAAGUAUUUUGGGAGCCUCCUGCAAUUUAUAAGUCAUCCUGUGAAAUGAACGUGGAAUAUUUUCCCUAUGAUGAACAAACUUGCCUAAUGAAAUUUGGUUCGUGGACUUACAAUGGCGCCCAAGUUGAAUUAAGACACUUGGAUCAGGUCCCGGGUAGCAAUCUAGUACAAAUAGGAAUCGACCUGAGCGAGUUCUAUUUGUCAGUGGAAUGGGAUAUCUUGGAAGUACCAGCUAGCAGAAACGAGGAAUAUUAUCCUUGUUGUCCGGAGCCUUUUUCGGAUAUAACGUUCAAACUAACUAUGAGGCGAAAAACUCUUUUCUAUACUGUUAACCUGAUAAUUCCUUGUGUUGGAAUUACAUUUUUGACUGUUUUAGUUUUCUAUUUGCCGAGUGAUUCGGGUGAAAAGGUGACACUGUGUAUCUCCAUUCUCGUGUCGUUGACUGUGUUUUUCUUGCUUCUCGCUGAAAUCAUUCCACCGACAUCAUUGGCCGUACCUUUACUAGGCAAAUACCUAUUAUUCACUAUGAUAUUGGUUUCUCUCUCUGUAUGGACUACGGUGUGUGUAUUAAACGUCUGGUACAGGAGUACAUCAACCCACAAAAUGUCACCAAUAGUGAAACGUCUGUUCUUGGAAAUCAUGCCGAAAAUAAUGAUGAUGCGACGAGCCAAAUACACCUUGCCAGACUAUGAUGAUUCAACACCGAGUAAUGGAUACACCAAUGAAAUAGAGAUGAGUAUCAGUGAUUUUCCCGGAGAGUUCAAGGAGGGUGGUGACAGCUUUGAUAACAUUGGGAUGAAUCUACCGCACGGUUCAGUCGAAAACGAUAACGUCAUACCGAAGCAAUUAUCGCCGGAGGUGCUCUCUGCAAUACAAGCCGUAAGAUUUAUUGCCCAGCACAUCAAGGAUGCUGAUAAGGAUAAUGAGAUUGUCGAAGACUGGAAGUUCGUUUCCAUGGUUCUGGAUCGGUUCUUUUUGUGGGUGUUUACAAUUUCCUGUAUCUUCGGCACGUUUGGAAUCAUCUGCCAGAGCCCUUCAUUGUACGAUACUCGUGCGCCUGUCGAUCAACAGCUCAGUGAAAUUCCACUCAGGAAGAAUAACUUUAUGUUGCCACCCGAUAUAGUGCGUAUCACAUUGGAUUAAGCAAAAGGUAAUGACAUCGAAUGUAAAUCCUGCUAGAAUUUAAUUGAACACGUCAGUACUCUUUUAUAUCACAAUAUUACUGUUAAUCGGAUAUUGGCCGUUAUACAUAUACUAAUAUGUCCGGGUGAUAAAAAUUUUCGUCGUAAGUGAACAUUAAUGUUUUAUUUUACGAUAUGCCUUUAUGAAUGUUUUUGUACUAAUCUUGAUUUCAUCUUUUUAAUGUAUGAACAGGACGAAUUCUUUUUGUUUUUUUCUUUUGUUAUGAAGACACUUGUGUAAAAAAGUAGUGCAAUUAAAGAUUUUCUCUUUAUUCAGAUA